GACGCUCGCCGGCUUCUCCCCAGCGGGCGGCGGAAGUUGCCAUGGAGGAGUCUCCGGCGCUGUCCCCGUCGUCUCCGCGGGAGGAGUCUCCGCGGCGCAGUCCCAGGCCCCACAGCGGCUCGGGUCCGGCCCGCACGUACAGCCUGCGGCCCGCCUUCCAGCACAAAUUCCGCCCUUCUGCAGUGAAAGAUUGUAUCCAUGAGGUGUUAAAAGAGGAGCUGGCCAGUGUACAGUACAACCCUGACGAGAUCCCACAGCUCACCAAAUCCUUAUCAGAGACAAUCUUGGAAAAGCUAAAAGAGAAAGGUUUUCACCGGUAUAAAAUGGUGGUGCAAGUGGUGAUCGGAGAACAGAGAGGCGAAGGAGUUAACAUGGCUGCACGAUGCUUCUGGGAUUCGGAUACAGACAACUACGCUCAGGAUAUUUUCAUGAAUGACACCCUCUUCUGUGUGGUGGUUGCCUUUGGCUGUUUCUUCUACUGAUGCUGGUGAAAAGUUCAAAGAAGAUCACUGUUUCAAAUAUAUAUUUUGGAUGGACACUCCCAUUUACAAAAUACAUUUUCUACUUGAGGCUUUUAUGAUGGAUUUCUGCUGCUGCUGCUUUGUAUAUAGCUAGUUUUCUGCACAAGCCCCACUGAAAAAAUAUGAGAUACUUCUCUUACACAGCUCCUGCUCCUUUCAAUAAGGUUUGUACAGGAUAACUUCCUGCCAACUUCGACCCUAUAUUUACUUGCAACUUUCCCUCUGCGAUUGGUGCCUAAUGAGACCCAUCUGGUUACAACCAUUACAAACAAUUGAAAUUUCUGGUUGCAGAUCUGAAUCCCAGUCUAUUUGAAUGAAUAUGUUAAAAUCUCAAUGAGACUUGUAUAAAUGCACUCUAUAAUUUUAACGUGUAAUUCUGCUCCUAAAUUUGUCCUGAAAAGCCUUCUCUUUUUACAACUUAUAUUUACAUUCUCAAUCCACACCUUCGCUUCUUCCACAAUGAACAAAUUUAAAGAAACACCAUGUUCUCUAGGUCAGGCUUCCUCAGAUUUUGUUGGUAGUUUUCCUAACUGUCUGACUCAGCACGCUUAAAAGAGAAGGCUACGGCAGACCAACACGGCUACCUACCUGUAAGGAGAAGGCUAUUUAUGACAUUUUUCAUGCUCUCUCUUUGCAGAGUACACGUAAAUUAUAUUUAGAAUUGGGGCUGUCACUUGAAUUAUGAAAUCUUAAAUCUAUUAAUUUAUUGAAUUUGCAGUUAUGUGUAAUAUGUUACAGGUAGGUAGCUGUGUUGGUCUGAACAAAAUAAAAAAACAAAAUAAAAAAAAUUCAUUCCAGCAGCACCUUAGAGACCAACAAAGCAUGUAUUAGUACACACACACACACACACACACACAGAGAGAGAGAGAGAGAGAGAGAGAGUUUUAAAGCAAGCUGUGCUGCAGACACCAUUUUAGUAGAGAUGUUUCCACCUCUUCUGGUGAGAGAAAAGGAAGGCUCCUCAUUAGCUUCGGUUUUAGAUUGAAAACAAUGCUACUUCUCCUUAAUCUGCUGCCUGGUUGAGGCGCGUUUUGUCGUUAAUCAGAAGGUUAUAUAAUUAAGACUGAAAUCCUAUGAGAACCACAGAAGUUUCCUCUGAGUAAGCCUUGUUCAGCUCUGUGAGACUUACAUCUGAGUAGACACUCGUAAAUUCUGCAGCCCAACUUAGAAACUACAUGAUACUUUUUAUGCACCCAAAGAGCUUUGUAUGCAUGCUUAGCAGUCCUUACAACACGACUGUAAGGUAGGCUUAUCUACCUUUUUGACACCUUUCUAACAGCAGCGCGGUCUCCAGACAUCUGUUUGUAAGUGCUGAUCUCUAUGCAGGACAAAAAAGGCAUAGCAGAGCAGACCACUUAUCCCUAGUCAGGUGGCAACUCUUCUGUAACGUAGUCCAGGAUCAAGGGGGCUGAGAGGUAACACAGGUCACCUAGCAUGCCUUGGUGUGUGGUUAAUGUCAGCUUUGAACCAGGGAACGCCCAGCGUCCACACUUAGCCGUUGUACUACACCAACCUCUGUACUGGCCAAGUACGGCAGCCUUCCCCAGUGAGGCUACCUCCAGGAGUUUUGGACUACAAUUCCCAGCAUGCACAGCCAUGUUGACUGAGGCUGAUGGGAGUUGUAGUAGGAAACCACCUGUGGGGCACCAGGUUGGGGAAGGAUGCAAGAGGGUCUGCUGCUGUUAUCAUUCACGGGUCUCUUUUUACAGACAUUGAUCUGUCAGGCGCUCGUGGUGGCGUACGUGGUCCUUCUUGCUGCCCCACCUUAUUCUCACAAAAACCUUAUGAGGUCAGUUAGAUCGAAAGUUGGUGAUUGCUCCAAGGGCACCAGCUCAGUGCUUCAUAGCAGAAGGUGUUUAAACCCAGGUGUCUCUGUUCCCAAGUCCCCCAGACGACUCCGCAUCAUCUGUCUCCUGCUGCAUAUUUUUACCCUGCCUUUCGCACAACGGCUCCUCCCCAGCUUGCAGUAAACACAUACUGUACAACUAAGAAUAAAAUAAGACAAUAAAAGCAGCAGGGGGCAGCAUAAAGUUAGCCGGAAAAGGAUGACCAGGAACAGAUCUCUUCUACGGUAUUCAUUGGGAAGAAAGGUUUCUGGCAAUGAGAAUGUCUCCAUGUGACAGCUAGCAGGAAUCCAGCACUCUUAAGAGCAGGCUAGCAUGAGAGGCCAUCCAUUUCAGCUGCCUGCAGCAUGAGACAUGGUGCAAAUGGAAGUGAGACGCACUUAAAAAAUCCCUAAUAUAGCAAAAGAUCUGCCCAGGGCAGUGCUGAAACUACAGUACUCUAUUUUCAGGGUUCAUUUGGUCCUCAGUAACUGACAAGGCAAGAGGUGUUUUAAGUCAUCUUUGGAUAAAGGCAUUCUAGAGAAACGACGAUCUCACGGUAUCAACAGUUCAGAAUUUAUCUUGGCUGCUGCUGCGUAUGAAGUGGUGGUUUGUGCAUGUGCAUUUAAUACGCAUGAGAUCACAAGAUGCAGCUGCCCCUUCUGAGAUUUAACUCCAAGAGACCGUACAGAGGGAAAUGCAGCCUGCCUGAAGAGCGACCAUUUUCUGCCGACAUAAUUUGCCUUUUGAAACCACAAAAAAAAAAACCUUUUUUAAAAAAAUCCCAUGUUUAAACAGAAAGAACAAUUUAACAGGCCAGGUAUUAAACAUGGGCAAUCCCCGUUAAAUAGAAGCAGCUGGCGUGUAUCCCAGGGCCAUACUUUUGAGUCGAGCUUCCACCUGGUUCUUUAAUGCCCGGAUUGUACUUGAAAACAUUAAGAGCUGCUUCUAUGGUGUCAAGACUCCGGACCAAGGCUACAACUCUGCAGAAUCGUUCGCAGCCUUGCAAGCUUCUGUUAUUUUAAUCGAAAGAUGCCAAGGACCGAGCCUGGGAUGCAUGCAAGGGGA